UUAAUAACAAAAAAGAACACAGCACGCAAUCCAAUGCCAAGUCGCCCAAAAGACACAAAAAUGCACCAGGCAGAAAGACGCCUGAGGUAACAGAGACGCCUUCAAGAAUGAAAACAAAAGAAAUAAAAAUAAACAAGAAACUCCAGUAACCGAACCCAAAGACAAGCCUUUAUUCAUCACUCGGCUUCUCCCACUUGAUUGGGUGCACCAGCAUGCUCCUCAAGCACAACCUUCCCGUCGACCAUGGGCUCUGCUCCUCAAGCUUGCCGCCCCUUAGCGUUCCCUCGCCCGCACGACCUCCGUCAUCACCGCGACCGUCCAUUUGGGCGAAGCCAAGCCAGCGCCUCCACAGCAGGCCCGCGAAUUCGCUGUUGUAGUACCAGCUGGUGCCCUUGUGGUUGUGCUCGUUUUGGAAGUCAAACGGGCUGCCGUGGCCACUCGUAGAGUUGUCGUAACCGCCGUUGAAGUGCUUGUCGACGGCCUCCAUCUCCCAAC